UAACGUUUAAUUAUAAUUUUAUUUUUUUAUGAAACUCAAUUCUCAAACCCAUUCUCGUCUAUUCUUCCAUCUAUUUCUCUUCUCUUCUCCCACAUUUCCAAAUUCACUUUUCUUUCCUACCUUCCCCAUCGCCGUUGCCAUCCUUGCUGGCCAUCACUACCCAUUGCUGUUGCCAUCCUCAGUGGUUGCUGCAACUGUCAAUGACCGAUCUUCAUUACUCUUCAAUGGUGGGCGAUGGUAAAAGAUCAAGUAGUUGUGUGGUGAAUGAGUUUUUCAUUUCUAUAAAAAAUUAAAUCUAAUCCCCUUAAUGAGAAAAUCAAUUAUAGUAAAAAUGAAAAAAAGAGUCACGUGAUCACAAGUACAAAAAUAUUUUUCAUAAAAAAUUUGGCUAAUAAAACAUCCCAAAAAUUAAAAUUUAGAUACAAAAUGAUAAUUUUUCAUACAAAAAAAAGACCAAUCAAAGAGGACUAAUGAAAAUUGAAACAAGUGGAAGAAGCGGGAAGCACGUGAUGGAGCGCACGAAAUCACAUGGCGAAAGCGGUACCUAAGCAGCGCAGCCCCUUUGCGCGCUCUCUCUCUCCCUCUGGGAAACUUUUACAGAACAUGCAUCAGUGAUCUCUCUCUCUCUCUCUCUCCCUCCCUCUCAAAAUCCAGCAAUUUGAGUUUGAAUCUGUUGUUGUUGUUUCAGAAUCAAUGUGGCAGGCUCUAUUAGCAGCCGCAGUAGCAGGAUCUGGCUUCUUGGCCAAACGCCUCGUCACCUCCGUUGCCGAUCCGGACCUCGAUCAGCCCAAGAAACAACCGCCACAUUUUGCUAUUUCUUCUGAACCCCAACCUUCAACCCCUCCCACUGUUUACUCAUUCGACGGAAACCGCAAAUCCGAGCCUGAAUCCCAGAGUUUGAGUCCGCUUGGCGGUGGCGAUGGGUCGAUUUUCAGGUUCUCGAGUUCUGCGGGGAUUGGAAGCGGAGGAAAAGGGGAAAACCGGAAGGGGCUUAAGAAUGGCGGUGGGUUUGGGAAAGCGGAAAGAAAAUACGGGAAGAAAUUCGUGGUUUGCGUGAAGAAGAGGCGAACUAGCAAGAGCGCCCCUGGAAAAUGCGACUCCUGUUCUUCCAAAGACAACUCAAGUUUCAAUUGGGGACUCGGCGUUGGAAUGAUGUACAUGAUGUCUGCUGGGAAGGCUGAAAUCAAUAAGCUGAACAUGGCAAUGGAUGAUACUGCAAAAGUUAUUCAAGAAUUGAAAGCUGAACUUUCUAAACGAAAAUCAUCCCGUCAUCUAAAAUUUUCAAGUUCUUGGAAUGUACUUAGUACAGACUCAGACAAAAUCAGAGGCAAACGUAUUGAAUCAGUGCCUGAAUGGAGCACUGAGGACAGGUAUCAUGUCCAAGAUUCUGGUUUCCUUAUGAAUGAAGAAGGUGAAUGUGCUAGUGUUCUUACUGAAGAGCCACAGCAAGAGGUGCAGCAAAUGGAUCAUCUGGAAGCAGAGCUUGAAUCUGAACUGCAAAAGCUUUCUUGGACCUCCAAAGAAGCCUCUGGUCUUGAAGGAAACACAUCAGAUAUAUUUGAGAAUCAAGCAUCAGCUGGAGCGUUAUACAAAUCAGAUGGCCAGAAUUGCAAUUCUUAUCAGUUCAACGGUGUAUUGCCAUCUGAACUGGAUAAAAAACUGAGCCAUUUGCUCAUUGAACAACAAGGGAGCCACAUUGUGGAGCUAGAGUCUGAACUGCAUCAUGCGCUAUCCAAACUCCAUGUGAAAGAAGCUGAACUUCAAGCAUUGAAGGACUGCGUUAGGCGCCUUACUGACUUGUCUCUAGCAACUGCCUCAGAUGAAGAAACUGAAACCCAAAUUGAAGAAGAGAAUGCUAAUGAUGGGGAUUAUAGUAACAACAUGGAAACUGAUUCAAAGAAAGCAGUGGUUGGGAUGAAAAGAGCAAUGACUUUUGAAUCAUACCGUUGCAGAAACUGAAACCUUUCUGCAAGCAAGUGGGAAGGUUAGUCAAUUGGCAGUCUCUCCUACAUAGGAUCCCUUAAAUUCUAGAUACUCCAAAUGUGUGGGCCACAAUCCAUUAAAUAAUUUGUAUAAUCUCAUGCAUAUUGCCUGUUGUGACCUCAUUACUUCAUGAAAGCUCCAGUUUUUGAAGAUUUUUUCUGGUCACUUUCUGUCUUCCACAUUUCUCGACUCGGCUUUUUCUUCAUGAAACGGCUCCACUUUUAUAACAUUUUUUCUAGCCACUUUUCUCUUCCACCAUUCUUGACUUUCCUCACAAUGGGGUUGCAUGCCUUCUCUGUCACCUCUGUUUUUGAGUGCUGAAAGGGGUUUGUUCCUGAAACCUUAGUUGACUUUUUUGUCGUUCUUGUUGGGAGAGAAUAAAAUAUCAACUGGACGAUGGAGGGUAAAAUCACCAAAUUGCUAGGGCCACCCACCGGUUCUUUUGGAGUCUCUAGGGGUGAUUUUGGAAAAUAGUAGUUUAAAGUAGAAAAACGGGCAGCCCUGGCAGUGGUUGCCUUUGCAGGGGCA